UUUUAUAAUAAUAUGAGAACUUCUGCACUAGUAGCGAUUGUUGCUGGAGUAAUUGUGGGGUUAUACUUCUUCACUCCAGAGAACCUCCCAAUGAGCACAUUUGACCAGAUUUCUGGAAAUGUGGCUAUAUCUGAAGACGAGUUCCAAGACCAAUUCGUCGAUUUCAUGUCUAAAUACGGGAUAUCUUACAAUGCCCUUGGAGAGUAUGAAUUUAGAUAUAAAAUAUUCAAAGAGAAUUACCAACAGAUCAUUAAUCAUAAUAAAGAUGAAGAAGAACAUGGGUACACCCUUGGAGUUAACAAAUUUGCUGAUAUUACUCUUAAUGAAUUUAAAGAAAAGAGUCUUGGGCUAAGAGCUUUUCCAAGAUCCGAUUCGAAAUCUAAGAGAUCAAUGAGCUCAACCGAAAGAGAACUUAGGUACAGCGAGCUUCGUGACGAAAUUGAUUGGAGAACUGAAGGAGACUAUGUGAAUCCAGUUAAAGACCAAGGAACUUGUGGAUCAUGCUGGGCCUUCUCCACAAUAUCUUCUGUUGAAAGUGCUUUCGCUAUUAAGAGAGGAUCUCUCCCAAAUCUCUCUGAGCAACAACUCAUUACAUGUACAAAAGGAUACGGAAAUGGAGGAUGCAGUGGUGGAUGGAUGGAAUAUGCCUUCACAUAUGCUGAAACUUACGCUCUCUGUACAACAGAGCAGAUGCCUUAUCUUGGAAGAGAUAGCAUUGGUUGUGAACAUACUCAAUGCUUAGACAAUGACUUCAAACUUGGAGGCUUUGAAGAUGUGGAGAAAGAGCAGAAGGUCGAACUUUACACUGCACUUAACGAACAGCCUGUCUCUGUAGCUGUCUGUGCUGGAAGUACUGCCUGGCAAUUCUACAAGAAAGGAGUAAUCACAAGAUUCUGUGGUAAAUGCCUUGAUCAUGCUGUUCUUGCAGUAGGAUAUGGUCAUGACAAAAAGAAGGGAGACUAUGUUACUAUCAGAAACUCAUGGGGAGAAGGAUGGGGAGAGGACGGAUACGUCAGAAUCUCCUCCAAAGAUGAGACUGGUAUUGGAACAUGUGGAAUCUACCAGCUUCCAUCAAGACCUUUCGUUGUUGCUUAA